GCCACUCCCCCUCUACAUACAGAGAACCCAGUCCAGGAGGAAGCCACUCCCCCUCUACAUACAGAGAACCCAGUCCAGUAGGAAGCCACUCCCUGUCCUCUGGUGUAGAGUUCCAUGAAACAGAAAGUAAUCUUUCACACUGCCACUGCUUAACCUACGGGAGAGAGCACCAAAAUGGCAGAGAAUCAGGAACUGUUCUGUUGCUCCAUCUGUCUGGGUCUACUGAAGGAUCCGGUGACUACUGCCUGUGGACACAGUUACUGUAUGGGCUGUAUUAAAGAAAGCUGGGAUCAGGAUGAUCUGAAAGGUGUCUACAGCUGUCCACAGUGCAGACAGACCUUUAUCCCAAGGCCUGUUCUGAACAGGAGCACUGUGCUGACUGAAGUGGUGAAGAAACUGAAGAAGACAGGACUCCAGGCUGCUCCCCCUCAGGCUCUGUGCUAUGAUGGACCUGGAGAUGUGGUGUGUGAUGUCUGCACUGGGACCAGAAAGCAGAAAGCCCUCAUGUCCUGUCUGGCGUGUCUGGCCUCUUACUGUGAGACUCACCUCCAACCUCACUAUGAAUCUCCUGCUUUCAAGAAGCACAAGCUGGUCAAAGCCACCGCACAACUACAGGAGAAGAUCUGCUCUCAUCAUGACAAACUGCUGGAGGUUUACUGUCGUACCGAUCAGCAGUGUAUCUGUCUGCUGUGUGUGAUGGAUGAACAUAAAGGCCAUGAUACAGUGUCAGCUGAGGCAGAGAGGACUGAGAAACAGAGGCAGCUGGGGAUGAGUCAGCAGAAGGUCCAGCAGAGAUUCCAGGAGAGAGAGAAGAAGCUGAAGGAGCUCCAACAGGCUGUGGAGUCUCUCAAGCGCUCUGCACAGUCAGCAGUGGAGGACAGUGAUCAGAUCUUUACUGAGCUGAUCCGCUCCAUUGAGAGAAGGAGCUCUGAGGUGAAGGAGCUGAUCAGAGCCCAAGAGAAGGCUCAAGUGAGUCAAGCUGAAGGACUCCUGGAGCAACUGAAGCAGGAGAUAGCUGAGCUGAGGAAGAGAAGCACUGAGCUGGAGCAGCUCUCACACACAGAGGAUCACAUCCAUUUCCUCCAGACCUCUGUUGACCACAUGAUCAACGACGAUGGACCGGACUUCAUUAGAUACAACAGUUCCCUGCCGCCUGCCUCCAUCUCUCUGAUGUCCACCUCUCUGAGGGCUCCUUAG